UUGGCGGUUGCGUGUCCGACAAAACAACACAGCAUCCACACAUCAACAACGCUGCUGCUGCAUCGGCCGACGGACUAUGGCUGGUCGCAUGAGUUCUCGCGUGUGGUACGCCAGUUAUGGCUCCAACAUGUGCCGUGAUCGCCUCCUGUGCUACAUCCAAGGCGGAAAGCUCCCCACCAUGUCUCCCGAAGCGCCACCAUAUCCAGGGUGUCGAGACACGACACACCCUGCAUCGACGGCAAUGUACUCCAUCCCUUAUCGGCUCUACUUUGCCCGUAACUCAAAGACCUGGCACCGCGGUGGCAUCUGCUUUGUGGAUCAUCGCGAAGAGCUCGAGGAAGGGCACGCCCACCACACCCUCUCUCGCGUCUACGACAUUACCCUUGACCAGUUCAACGACAUUGUGAUGCAAGAGAAUGCGUUUCGACGGGACAUGGAGCUGACCCAUGAGCACUACGAAGCAUUCUGCUCCAGAGGAUUUGGCCACUCGCACACAUUCCCCGUUCCAUCAUGGUACAACACAGUGGUGUGUGUUGGGCAGUUGGAAGGGCGACCAGUGUUGACGUUCACGUGCAGCGAAGACCAGCAUGAUCAGCCCCGCAUCCCUGCCGCUGCCAGCUACCUGGGCAUUCUUCUGCAAGGCCUCCAAGAAGCAGACUUGCACCUCGACGAUGCUGUUGCGUACCUGGCUGCGCGGUUUCCACACGCCAACGCGCACACCAUCAUCCGUUCUGCCGCGUCUGCACUUGAGGAGGGUGGCAAGAACGCCGACAAAGGUGACAAGGACAGCAGCCAAUGCGGCACACAUGCGGAGGAAGACAAGCAGGAGAAGUAGGGCAAUACUGUUAUACGACCCAAAGCAGCCACUUGAGACAAGUGGCGACUAAUGAACCAGCGCCCAGCGCAAACCGUACACGCGAUCUGAUAUGGGGACCCUGCCCAACACCCCCCUCCCCUCACCCUCA